UAAAUGUUAUCUGGCUAAAACUUUGAAUGUUAAACCGACUUCAUUGGUGAAGAGGUGGGUCUAUUGAAAAUACAACUUUACCACUAACCCUCACUUAUUAAGCUCAAUGUUGUUCUAACUAAAAGGAAAUUUCGCUCUUUUAUACCAUUACUUCAAUCUUUUGUAAACAAUAAGGAAAAAAAUGCGGUUUAUUCAGUCACUUGGUCGUUUUAAAUACUUUCUUCGAUCUCUGACAAAAUCAUCAUUAUGGUUUAUUUUGUUGAUCACAAUGGAGGCAAUAAUUAACAUUUGUUUUUCUUCAUACUCAUUUGGACAGUAUAGCCAUAUGACUGAUAAAGUAGAAAUUGUUUUCGAUGCUGUGUUCUCCAUGCUUAUUGUGAUCCUUUUAGGGUCAGUAUAUCUACUAUAUGCUGGUUGGGAAGCAGUGUUGCAGAAGAAUGUUGUUGCCACUAGUGCUGUCCUACUGUUCCAUGUUUCGUUCUUUAUUUAUUCAAUCAUUCAGUAUGUGCUAGUAGGUACUUGCGUACACUUUACUGAUUGGAUUGUCAAUAAAUCUCGUUUUUCGCCUUUUCGUAUGAUCUACUUGUACACCUCCUUCAGCAAGUACAAUUUUCUAUUUCAUAAUUCGACUUUCACUUUUUAUAAUAUUAAGGCCUUCUACAUUGCCUUGCCCGUUGUCAUAGGUGUGAUUGGUAUUAUAUUGUGCUUUUUAGUCUACCGCAUGAACAAAGCAUAUGGAUGGGUUAUGUAUCAGCGACAUGGGCCAGAUCUUCAUAUGAGAAGACGUUACCUUAUUUACGAAAUAUUUGUUGCUUUGAUUAAGCUAGAUUUCUACUUUUGUACUUGUUCAUCUAUUCAAAUUCUAUUGACUAAUAAACACUCCUAUGGUGGUCAUUAUCAAAAGACUAGAGUAAUCCUCAUGAUUUUGGUGAUACCUUAUACCCUGUUUGUUUUGUUUGUUGCCCUUUACGCUGUGCGUAGAGAAAGCUAUAUGUUGAUGGGAUUUGUGGAGACAAUGAUGCUUGCAGGGUCGGCGUAUUAUCUGUACUAUAUGUUAGUUACGUUCGAAAGUAGAUUAAGUUCUUUAGAUAACUAUAGUGGAUUAUCUACCCUGCCUGUGACCUUGAUUACCGUUGUACAUGUUUUAACUACAUUUGGGAUAGGGAUUACAUGUAUGAUAAACUUUGGACAUGGUCUUCGUGAAUACUUGAAUUACUUGAAUCAAAAGAAAAAGGAAGAGUCCAAAAGUGAAUUGAAUCUUCCAAGGUCCCGAAGACCAAUUGACGAUUAACAGUACAUUUUUUCAUUCAAGCUUUCAAUUUUUAUCCUCACUUUGAGAUUAUUGUUCUUUGCGUUCUUGUUGAUGUUGUGGUGCAUACUUUUCAUCGAAGGUUUUUUGUCUUUAUGGAUUUCCGGUUUUAUAUAUGUCCAGCCCUAAAUCUCAGUUAGAAGGAUUUACCAUUUUCCCUUUAUCGUUAAUUCUCGUUCUUUUCGUUUAUCCUAGAUAUUUAAUAUUUAUAGAAGGUCUUGCUUGUUUCCGUUUAUCGUUGUAUCAACCGGCGUUGGUUACGCUUCUUUGCAAUGCAUGUUGUCAACGCUUUCUAAUUCUACAAGGUAAUAAAUAAUAAUGUAUUCUAUUUGGUUAAAUGA